GAUCAAAGUCCCAAAUAUGUACACCAUCGGCCAUCCCCCUCUCUCCAGCUUCUCCCAUUUCACACUCCACCACCGCCAAUCCGCCAUGGAGACGCUAGUCCGCAGCACCACUGCCACCUUCAGCCACCGGCGGUCAAAUGGGUACGAGCAGCUCAACCCUUACUACUACGGACCCACCGCCGCUCCUCGACACCACGACGACGAUAUUUUCUACUUCCCCUGCACCUCUAAGAAACGCAAAUCAUCCCGACGCCGCAUUGCCACUCCUUUGGACUACAUAAUGGCGGUGGCUUGGUCUCCAGGGUACAGAAUCAUGAGGGCGAGGCAGAGGCAGAUAUUCCUGAUGUCGUACCAAUUGGCUUCGGAAGCAAACUUCAGCGGGGCCCGUCGGGAACAGGGAGGCUAAAGAAGGUGGUGGUGAAGGUGAAGAUGGUGAUGGCUUCGUUGGUGGUUUCUUUCAUGAAAGUGGGCGGCAGGUUGAGAUCGUCUUGCAGCUCUAAGGUGGCCACUUGCGUCUCCUCCCCCGUUCAAAUUAGCAGGUUUUGCUGAUCCCCUGUUUUUUCCCAGUUUCCUAAUUUGCUGCCCUCUGCCUCGGCCUCUGCUCCAGGGGCAAUCAUAUUAAGAGCUAUUGACCGGAUUGGGUUGGCUUUAGAGUUUUGGAUGGAUUGAAGUUCAUCCCAGGAGGGAAAUUUAAAACUUUGGUUAGGAAUUAUUUGGGUUUGUUCAUAAAUUGUGGUUCUAUUAUGAUCUUGUUGUUAAAUUUACUAGAGGUAUCAUGCUUCUUUUACCGAGGGGUUAACAUUAUUAUUGACUUUUGAUAAAGGGUAAUAUUGUGA